AGAGCAUAGGUCGUUGUACUUCAGGAGUAAAUACUCCACUGACUUUUAGAAAAAGGCGUUGUAUCUAUACUUAUGUAUUCUUAGUGUAGUGCUGUAGUACGACACUACCUAGAAUUCUUAUAUAUUUGCUGAAGUUGCCUUUGCCAGUUUUGUCAACUUUAGCGACGAGUACACCAAAUCGUCUGCCCUUCGAUCGAGCUUGCGACGCCUUCUGCUGUCUCCAGUCUCUUUUGACUUGGGUGAACCUACAACGUCCAUACUUCCUCGUUGUUGGGCACAAACGUGGCAUGACGAUCAUGAAGGCCAACAUUGCAGGCGCGCUUUGCGCCUCUCUCGGUCUGUUUUCCACACCCGCAGAUGGUAUUCGUAACCGCAUCCGCAUGCUCGAGCAGCAUGCUCAACUAGAGCAAACAAUGGAGUGCCUGAAGCAACAUCGCAACCGCCGCACCCCCGUCGGUGCGUACUACAAGCAGUGCGACUCUCUGAAUGGUCUGAUUACGCCCUAUUACGUUCCGGACAUGCCUGGUGCGCCGACCGUGGUGGCCUGUGUGCCGCAAAUGUGCGAAGAUAAGCUGGGUCGUUCGUCGGACAUCUUCACCGCAGCUGGUGGUGCCCGAUCGGGUGCUGUAGCGCCAUGCGCUCAGGGUGGCGUCGAGGAGACCUGCUGCACCGACAGAGCCGCAGAUCUCUGCGCGGCUGGACAGCUCUUAUGAAGCAAGCCAUUGCUAAACACAAGCAGCAAAUAAAUGUCAUCUAGUAGUUGAUGGUCUUUUCCUUCCUAUUGAUCCUUUACAAUUAGACUCCGAAUCAAGCUCAAGGAUGUAUGAUACAGCUACUUCCUUUUUCAUACCUACCCUGUCAGCUCGGAGAAGUGCACUCUUUGGGAGAGUAUGGAGAGCUCUCUACUCCGGCUGCCAAUGCAACGGACGCUGUGGAGAUCGCUGACGACUGUGGCAUUGACAAGCGAGGAAUCCAAAUUGACGGAAAAGGAACAGUUGCCGACUUCGAAAACGCGGUUAACAAAACCAUCGAGGCUGUGUACACUCCGCCUCAUCAGUGCGUCUGCCCGCACGGAACUGGCGCAGCCGGGUACGACUUCGUUGUAGUUAGUGGAAUGGUCGUGUGGAGUGCAGCCCCUUAUGGAUGAUGAAAGUUUGCUUUUAUUUCGCCUUCUCCACAUCAUCCGUACCGUAUGUAGCGUGACGUUGAGAGAGAAAGCAUUCAGCUUGGCAAAAUCCAAUGAUCUUUCCAAAUGUCAGGUAUGAUUGCCCUGAGGACGGCAUGCAGAAGUGCACCGCGUGCAACGAGACCGAAGGUUACUACCUGGAGCCUGCCAGUGCCAUCUGCCACCUGAAGAACUGCACGUGCGCCAACGGUAUCGGUUCCGCCGGGACCGAGUGUCCAGCUCACGCCCAGCCCAAGUGCGAUUCAUGCCAUGCCGGUUUUCAUAGCGACGACAACACCACCUGCGUGAAGAACAUUUGUUCCUGCGAAAACGGAGUGCCAGUCACCGGGGCAGACUGUGCGACGCACAUGAGCGCGCGUUGUGCCACAUGCGAGCGUGGUUACACCAUGCAGAUGGGGAAGUGUGUGCCCAACCAGUGCAAAUGCGAGGACCAGAACGGGAUGAUGGUCGGAAACGCGAGUGUCGGUCCUAGUUGCCCUGCGAUGGGCGAGAAUCACUGUGAUGCGUGCGCGGAUGGCCAUGCCAUGCUGUCGCCAGGCUCAUGCAGCCUGAAGCAAUGCCAAUGCGAGAAUGGUAGAAUUUAGAAUUCACAUAAAUUGAACCACGCAUUUAGGUGAGAGGAGAUCCAAGUAGCGAGAACAUCAGCAGCGCUGAGGUCUUCAGCCCAACCUUGAAGUUGAAAUGAGGUCCAUAGAUAAGUUUAGCAACUCUGUAAGGAUUCAACGUGAGCGUCCUCUCGUAAUCUAUCAUCAUUCUGCUGCAAUUCGAUGUCGAACAACGACUUACCAAAAAUUUAGGUAACGCAACUAGCGGAUCUGAGUGCCCAACGGAUGGCAUGGAAUUUUGCAGCGGUGCCAACGCAGGAUUUCAUCUUAGCUCUGCUUAUCCUCCACUGACUGAAGCCAACGAAUGCUACUGCGACAACGGUUCUCCUGCGAUGGGUGGCCUCAAUAUGUCCAGCAGCGGCCCGAUGUGCACCACACAUAGCGAGCACAAUUGUGACACCUGCGAGACUGGCUAUCGUUUGAAUCUCACGGAGUCCGGCAGCUACCGAUGUGUCGAAUUGCAGUGCACGUGCGAAUUCGGAUUGGCCUCGACGGGAACGUCUUGCCCGGAAGAAGGUGCUGAACACUGCGCGAAUUGCAACGAGGGCUACCACAAGGAGGGCGACACUUGCGCGCUCAAUGUGUGCGAAUGCACUAAUGGACAAGGCGCGACAGGCGGAAACUGCACUGAACACGGUACAAUGACCUCUACGCAGCUAGAGCUAAUAUCUUCAUCUUGUUUUUAUACAAGUUAGGUAAGUAUUCAUUAUGAUUGAUUAACAAUAAACUGUCGUUGAGCUUUGGUCUUAGGAUUGCUAUUUCUCAGCGACAAACCGAGAGUCACAUCUUCUUCUCGAUACACAUACACGUGUCUACUUCAACAGGAGGUCUUUCAUCUUUCGCUAUCCUCCAACAGGUUCGAUGAUGUGCGGUGAGUGCGCUGAUGGAUUUACCCUCAACCGUGGAACUGGAGUUUGUGAGUUGAAGAAGUGCACAUGCGAACAUGGCGAGGGCGCCACUGGAACAUCGUGCCCAGCAGAUGGCCAUGCCGCCUGUGCCACGUGCAGCACUGGAUUUCACUUGGGCGAUCCGAACUCUGCAGACCCCUACGGCUGCCCCGCCGGAUCCGAAGCCGUGCCGUUUGGCGGACAAUACUACGGCGUGGACAUCGGUGGUUGCGGUUUGACCGGAUGUGGUGCGCGAUACGAGCAAAAGACCUUCGACGAAUGUUUUGACGCGUGCGCUGCAAAUCAUCGCUGCAAGUCCUUCACCUUCGGUGAACCAGGCUGCGACAAGGACCACCCUGACGUCCCAGUGUGCACGCUCUACGACCACGCCACUCCAAACCGGCUGUGGCCCGGCGCGGACGGACAAUACCAUACCGUUCUUUGCAAAAUGAGUACUCCGCCUACUUUUUUUCUACUAGACUGAAGCGCCCGGUAGCACUCAUUCCACUAGAAUCCUCCACCCUCGGCACGCACUUCCCCCGCCAUUGCGUGGCCCCGCUUGCCCGGUCCCUUCCCUACGGAGUUGAUCGGUGGAACAGCGCAAGGGCCGGGCGCUUGGCGGCCUGCGGCUAUUGGAAAGGCAUGCCUGGAAAUUGUAGGCCUGGGAGCUCGCUGGUCUUCUGUUGGGUUUGGCAUCUUUGCGGAAGGCUGGGGCGUUUAUCUUUCAAACUUUUUUUAGCAGUAGCUUUAAAAUUCGCUUACCUCAAAGAAACUCAAAAACUUUGCACCCAUUUUUUUUACGGUUCGUCUUUCUUCGAUAAAGUCAAAAGCCUUGCCACUUUCGCGCUUUCGAGUUUGGGCCUUCAGUUUUUAACUUCAUCGCACACAGAGCGGACUCAGGCGUCAGGGUGGUGCGUUGUAGGUUUCAAGCUGAAGACUUGAAGCCGCAAGACACUGGGAGACCUUGCGCCCAGUUUUUUUUUGCAGUUACAGUCUAGGCGUCUGCAAUAAAGUCGGAAGCGUUGCCACUCUCGUGCUUUCAGAUUUGGGGCAUCGACUUAAAACCUUUCAAAAUCUUGAAGCCUUGGGCUUUAUCGUCAAAAAAUUACACUUAAGCGCCAGGGUGGCGCGUUGUAGGCUUCAGGCUGGCUGAAGACUUGAAGCCCCAAGGCCGUAGCCUUAGCCAUACUGGCGCAAGGUGGGGGUAGAAUGCUGGAAGCUGGUAAAGGUCUUCAAAUGUAACCGCAGACCAACAGGCUGCCACACCCACCGUGGCAAAGUCCGCAAAACCAGCAGAAGCUCUUGCCUAGGGCGUAACGUGCUGAAGGUAGGCGGUCGCUGCCACUGCCAAAGCCAGAGAAAGACACGCAAGGACAAGCAAACCACUGCGAAGAGGGAGAGGGCUGGAAGGUAGAGCGCCACUAGGUUCCAACUCAAUCCAUCGAGCACAGUCAUGCCGACGCUCUCCCGCGAAGGCGAACUGUGCUCGCGUAAGCGUAACUACUCUUACCUAAAGGAUCCAGGGCCAUCAAGAUGAUAGCCAGCGCUGGCUGGCUUUCUUUCGGGCUCUUUGGCUCGUUGUUCAAUUGGUCAAGUGCGCCGAUUGAUUCACACCAAGCCGCCAAGUCGGGAAGUGGAACACCUUCGAGCCAGAUGGCAAAAAUGUGGCGCGUUUUCUUGGGGGUUUUUCUGUAUUCUCUAUCUCUUCGGCCCGCUUUUCGUGGGGGCGGGGGCCUACCCAUGAAUCGCUGACAAUUUGGGGCCCCCGCGUGUCUUAAUUCGUGGAAACCCACGAGCCUCGGGCAAUUGGCACUCUCGUCAGCGCGUCGCUUGAGAGUGACGUGACGGCGUCCACCCAGCGCCCACGAAUUGCGGACAGUUGGGGCGCUGUGGCUGGCCGUCUUCGUGAAGAUGUUUGUUAGAAGCCGUGAGGUGUGGGGCGUCUGUCUGCGUCUGUUUUUCGUGGGGACCCGUGAAAAGCGGACCGCGCUGCGCGUUAUGCUUGCGGUCGUCUUUCUUAACGAAACGCUACCCGCGAGGCGUGGGGUAUCUGCUGGCGGUGUCGUCUCUAGUGAAGGGAGUGGCUUGGAUUGGCGUCCGCUUUUCGUGGGAGCCCGCGAGAAAGUGGACGUGGGUCGUGCUGUUCGUUAUGUUCGUGGGCGUCGUGGGGAAGGCGUUGCCCAUGAGGCGCGUUGGUGCUGUCAGCUCUAGCGGAAGGGAGCGCUUGGCUGAGGGUCCACUGUUCGCGGGAACCCACGAAAAGCGGACCGCGCUGCGCGUUAUGUUUGUGGCUGUCUUGAUGAAGAUGAUACCUGUGAGGCGUGGGGUGUCUGCUGGGGCUGGUGGCGUCGUCUCUACUGCGGGGAGCUGCUUGGUUGUGGUUCGGCGUCUGUUUUUCGUGGGAACCCGUGAAAAGUGGACGGCGCUGCGCGUUAUGCUUGUGGUCGUCUUGUGAUCGACGACAGGCGCAGACGAUCGACGACAGGCGAAGGGCCGCCUUUCGGUCGACGACAGGCGCAGACGAUCGACGACAGGCGAAGACGAUCGGCGACAGGCGAAGACGAUCGACGACAGGCGAAGACGGUCGACGACAGGCGGAGACGAUCGACGACAGGCGCAGACGAUCGACGACAGGCGCAGACGAUCGACGACAGGCGCAGACGAUCGACGACAGGCGCAGACGAUCGACGACAGGCGCAGACGAUCGACGGCAGGCGCAAACGAUCGACGGCAGGCGCAGACGAUCGACGACAGGCGCAGACGAUCGACGACAGGCGAAGACGAUCGACGACAGGCGAAGACGAUCGACGACAGGCGCAGGCGAUCGACGACAGGCGCAGACGAUCGGCGACAGGCGCAGACGAUCCACGGCAGGCGCAGACGAUCGACGACCGGCGCACUCUGUGGCCGUCGGUCUGUCUCGUCUGUGGUCGUCGGUCUGUCUCGUCUGUGGUCGUCUGUCGAUCCAUCUGUCUCGUCUGUGUGGUCGUCGGUCUGUCUCGUCUGUGGUGGUCGGUCUGUCUCGUCUGCGGUCGUCAAUCUGUCUCGUCUGUGGUCGUCGGUCUUCUGUCUCGUCUGUGGUCGUCGAUCUGUCUCGUCUGUGGUCGUCGGUCUGUCUCGUCUGUGGGUGUGGUCGUCGGUCCGUCUCGUCUGUGGUCGUCGAUCUGUGUGUCUCGCCUGUGGUCGUCGGUCUCCUUCGUCUGUGGUCGUCGAUCUGUCUCGUCUGUGGUCGUCGAUCUGUCUCGUCUGUGGUCGUCGAUCUGUCUGGUCUGUGGUCGUCGAUCUGUCUCGUCUGUGGUCGUCGAUCUGUCUCGUCUGUGGGUUCUGAUGUGUAUCGCAAGAAUCUGAGCCGUGCUCGUGGGAUUGUGAUCCCGCUCCCGGAUCCUCUUCUGUAGAGGAUGCUACAGUUUAACUCACUAUAAAUCUCGCUGUUGACGCGGCAAUGGAUUCACACACAAACCUUAACUUCUCACAGAGGAUGCCUCUUCGUUCGGAAUGACGACACGGCUUCCGGAACCGCAAGACUGCGAAUUCUAUGGCGGUAUGCCGACGUGUGAUAGCACCCUUUCCGGCUGCCCCGGCUUCCCCUACCAAGAGGGUGAUCGCAAAGUUUACCGAUGCUGUGCACAAGGCUGCACCGCUGGUCGCGGACUGCUCUUCAAGGAACAAAGUAUCUGUGGCCGUGGCGGUCAAAUAUACAGCUGCAGCCAGAAGAACGGUUGCUGCGCUGCUGACGUCAGUGAUGAUCGCAUUUGCGGAGUCGCCGGUGCAAAGGCCCCAUGCCUCAUCGACCCGCGUAACAACGCGGCUGCAGCGCCAGCUGGUGGCAUGACCAGAAGUGCGCCGGUUGCGGCACAAUCUUGCGUUGCUAACAAUAUGGCACACAGCUACAAGAUCAAGAUCGAAUUGGUGCUCGUGGAGGUCAUUGUCAUAUGUUGUAGGUAGAGUUAGCAAGUAACUACUCCUUUUUCUUAGAAUAGAGCAGCGUCUCUCUGUCGAAAAAGUGAAUCGCGUUUCUCAUUUUCGUUUCUGAUGUCCUUCACCUUUCCCCCGUGUCUAAGAAAGCGUGCAAAUGCGAGAACGGUCAGGCGGCAGUGGGCAUGGAGUGUCCUGCGGACGGCGAAGAGAAGUGCAGUAUGUGCAAUUCCGGAUUUGCGUUGAAUACCAACACGAGCCACUGCGACGCCACCACUAUGUGCGGACGCGAGGGAUGGGAGUGCUCUCAUGACGGCAUGGCCAUGAAGAUCUUUACUGAGAAGAAGAUGACGUUCAGCGAAGCGCAAGACUUCUGCAAACAACAGAGCUUCUUUUUCACUGGCGGCGACGCGCGCUUGGCACAGGGUACAACAAAAUACCAAGCGGAACAGAUCUCAAAGAUGGUCAAAACAUCUGGCAAAUCCGUUUGGGUCGACGCAGCCGACAAGGCUAUUGAAGGAAAUAUGGCCUACGAACAGCCGCAAAACACGAUGGAAUACACGAACUGGGCCAGGGGUACUAGAACUUGCAAGAGGAUGAAGAGGGCAUUGUCACCAGAUAGAUACAAGCACAAAAACAAGCCAUGAUUAUUGUUCUUCUUCACGCAAAAAUGAAUCGUCCACAAGCUCUGUCUCAUUGAUUGACUUUGACACUUCUAACGCGACCUUCCAUCAAAGAUUGAUUUCAAAGAAAUGGCAAUUACAAGAUGAGUUGCAAUCACCAAAAAAUCACAGGUCAACCGAACAACUGGGGCGGAAAGGAGGAUUGCCUCGUCAUGUGGAAAAAUGGUCACUGGAAUGACCAGAAGUGUAGUAGGAGCCGCAAAUUUGUGUGCUCUAAAGCCACCUGUGGUGAUGCCUCUUGGAGCUGCGUCGGAGAUUCGGUUUCGUACCGUGUUUUCGAUAGCAAGCAAAAUUGGGCCGAUGCCGCAAACGAGUGCGCAAAGAAGAGCGCCUCGCUCGCCAUCAUCAAGACCGCUGCGGAGAACGAGAUGGUGAAAUCCCUCAUCCGCUGGGCCUGGGGCGGCUACUGGAUCGGCGGCACGGAUCAGCGACAUGAAGGUGUGUGGGAGCUGGCACGCUACGCUUCUCCUUUCGCCAAAUGGGCACGUGGAGAACCCAACGACUGGAUGGGCAGCGAGGACUGCGUCGCUGUCUACGGACGCAACGGCAAGUGGAACGACUUCGGCUGUUCCAAGAAGAUUUCCCCAGUCUGCUCGGUUGUCGAUUAUUCGACAUUGCAGAACGAGUGCAAGUGCGACAACGGGGAGCCGGCUCGCGGCGUCGACUGCCCUGCCGAUGGAGCACCGAAAUGUGUCAGUUGCGGCAACGGCUUCAUGUUGGAGGGGAACAAGUGUGAGAAGGCCACCAUUUGCGGCAAGGACGGCUGGCGCUGCGCCGAGGAUGGAACCGCAUUCAAGCUGUUCCUGGAUGACAAACAACAAUGGAAGCAAGCACGCGAAGCCUGCAAGGGCACGCCCUUGUUCUACGAAGGCGGCAACCCUCACCUUGCGAAGCUGCUCUUGCCGGAACACGCGAAACUCGUGAAGACUAUGGUCCGCGAGGGGAAGAAGAACGUCUGGAUUGCAAGCAGCGACAAGUGGCAAGAGCGCAACUUCGCCUACACCGGACAUUAAGGCUUCUAGUAGAUCACUUUCCCAUGUGAACUAUUCUGAGUGACGUCCCAUUGUGAUUUAGGGAGAAAACCAAGGGGAAAGAAAACGACUCACUCAACCACGGAUAGUGAUACUCUGCUGCUAAGGACAGAAGAGGCCGGGACUGCCGUACAAAAAGUGGGGCAAGAGAGAACCGAACAACUGGGGGGGUCGUGAAGAUUGCACAACCAUGAAGUUAUGGGUCCCUGUGUAUGAUUUCGCAGAGAAUUAGAAUGAUCACUUACCACACCUAUUCUACAUUCUUCUACAUGUUGGCUCGUCAACACGAAGGAAAAAGUUUUUGAAAUCGUACUUGUUCUUCUUCUUCUUCUUCUUCUUCUUCUUCUUCUUCUUCUUCUUCUUCUUCUUCUUCUUCUUCCUCUGCUUCUGCUUCAGCUUCACGAAGUUGUAAGUAAUUUAGACGCUCAAGUUUUUCAUCCUCAGCUAUUGGUACUUAGAAGUGAAUCAUUUUCUUUUUGUUGCUCCUGCUCGUGCUCGUCAUUCUUUUUCUCUUUCUAAGCAUCGGCAAGAACGGUAAGUGGAACGAUUUGAGCUGCGGUGCCAAGCGUUGGUUCGUGUGCAGUCGCGAGAGCAAGGACCCGUCGACGCUCAGCUGUGGCAAGAACGGAUGGGUUUGCGUCAACGGAAAGAAGAAGGCCUUCAAACUAUACAAAAACAAGAAGUCAUGGAAGAAGGCCGCAGAGAAAUGCAACAAGGUGAAGGGGUCUCUCGCACGUAUCACCACAAGUUACGAGAACAGAAAGGUGGAGAAAAUGAUCGAUAAUGGAGGAAGGAACAAAGCGGCCUGGAUCGGACCAAACGAUCGCCACAAGGAAGGCAGAUUCAACCUUCUUAUGAGUCUCGAUUUUGAUUUCGAUACUUUUGAUCAACAGCCUAAAAUGAUCCACCCAAAAAAUCUUACGCUUGUUUCGAAAUAACGUUCGAAAGAGCAAUAUACUAGGCUCCUGGGGCUUCGCUCGAGGUUUCCGCUACCUCUCUAGACGUUUCCAGCCUGUCCGGUAGUCCUGUCCUGUACUCCUGUCCUAUUGUACUCCUGUCGUGUACUCCUAUGCUUUACUCCUGUCCUGUACUCCUGUCCAUCCUGUACUCCUGUCCAUCCUGUACUCCUGUCCAUCCUGUACUCCUGUCCAUCCUGUACUCCUGUCCAUCCUGUACUCCUGUCCAUCCUGUACUCCUGUCCAUCCUGUACUCCUGUCCAUCCUGUACUCCUGUCCAUCCUGUACUCUGUGUGUGUGUGUCUCUGUGUGCGUCUGCGCGUGCGCGUGUGUGUGCGUGUGUGCGUUGGCAGUGUGAGAGUGUCGGGCUGUGUGAGAGUGUCGGGCUGUGUAUAAAAAGUGUCUUUUUGUGUGUGUUUGUUGUCUUGGUGUGUUGUGUUAAUGGUUCUGGAAAAUUUUGGUCAAGAACAAGAAGAGUUACUAAGUAUAAUUAUUACCGCAAUUCCUAGUUUCAGGCCUAGGUGAAGACCUCCCGAUCAAGCUGUUGCGAAUCCAUCUAGAUGAGAACCAUAAUGGACGAGAUAGUCAUUUACGAUGAUGCCACCCUUCUUUCAUAUCAGCGAAGAAGCAGGCCACCACCUUGCGCUGGGACAAGGGCGAGCCGAACAACUGGGGGUGGGGUUCAGGCGAGGACUGCGCAGUCCUGAAGACGAAUGGAAAGCUGAAUGACGGCAAGUGCACUUGGAAGCGUGGUUACGUCUGUGAAGCCACUGAUUUCACGGCCCUUGGGAACUAACUUGGUCCUUCUCAUGCUUUCCUGGUCGGAAUCAAGGCCAGUUCUUGUAAGAGGCCAGUUGUUGAAGUCGAUGCUGUAAGGGAAAGUAGGUAAGUCAUAGAGUCAACGUCCUACGCAUAUUGUGCUUGUGCAUGACCAUGAUGAUGAAGAUUGAGAUGAUACACAGAGUUCAUACUAAGUAUGGUUUUCGCACAAGAAACAGAAACUAAGUCGAGAAAAACAUCGACAUCCUAGCUAUGUUGUAUAUCAUUUUAAGGUCUCAACGGUUGCACAGAUGAUGUAUGUUAGCAGCAGGAAGCGAGCUGCAAACAGGAAUAACACAUUUUGUAGUUGUUGAAAAAUGUUUCAUAAAAAAUGUGGUCAGUAAGUUAGCUCGUCAACAUGGAAUAAGCAUAUUUAUAACACAUAGAAGGUCUCCUUUUCUUUUCCGAUUCCGGUUCGUGCCUUCAAGGUUUGACCAGGAGCAAUGAAAGAACACGUUUUCAUUGAUGCCCAUUUUUUUUUCCCGUAACCUCAUGUAUACCAGCAAUCUGAAGAUUAAGAUUAUACAGUGAAGUUCUACUAC